AUGCAGAAUCCUGACGGCGAGUCGUCCUCUGUGUCUUUGGAAUCUCUGCAAGAUCUUGCUGGCGCCCUGCCGAAACUCUUUGAAGAAUCUCAUGCUGUUGCAAGUAGCAAUACUAAGCGAAGGAGUAGUAAGGAAGAAUGGCUUUCCGAGCGUCCUCUGGUAGAGCAAGGCCCUGUACCAUCCAAGAAUGUUCCGCUCGAAUCCAUCCAGUUGAAAGAAGUAUCGUCUCGAACGUUGGUUCAAGCAGCAUCCGAAGAUGAUGAUGAGGAGGACAAGCUUGUCGUGACGUUGUCCUUGUGGAACUACGUGCAAGCCCACGAGGAACACACCAUUGGGCAAGCCAUCCCUGAGAAUACUUACUUGGCCAUUACCAACCCUCUUGUAGUGCCCAACACUAUUUGGACCACUACUGGUAGUAGUGCCAAUGAUCAAAAACACACAAACCAUGCACUCGUCAUGAUUCGUUGUGACAAUCCAGAUUGCAUACAACUAUUCCAUACUAAGGAAGAAUGGAUGCGUCAUGCCAGCAACACCAACGACGCUCCAUCCGCUUCCCCACAAAACUCACUGUCUCCCGCUCAACUCAAAGACAAGGGCAAUGAAGCAUUUUCCAAACAGGCAUAUCGUGCGGCGCUCCGGUACUACCAACAAGCAAUCGCUACUAUAGAACAGCAACAACAGCAACAACCACAAGACAAAGAUGUCGUCGUGGCGUGUCUGGGAAACAUGGCAGAAGCCUGUUUACGAUCCGAACGAUACGACCAAGCCGAACAAUACGCCCGACAAAUUCUGGAGCAUCAUGAUCCACAGCAUUCCAAGGCACAGUUUCGACUCGCCAAAGCAUUGCUGCAUCGCAAUCAACCCACAGCGGCCAAGGAUAUCCUCCUUCAACUACGCCAGCAAGAUGACCCGAACACGGACGCAUCCUCCAUCCAAACCAUGCUGGGGGACUGUCUACAAGCUAUACUGCAACAAUCCAUGGGCAAGUACAAUUAUCGAAAGCUGUUGCAAGAAGCAGCGCAAUCACCCAUGUUGCCCCGCCAUUAUGCCGACUACCAGUCUCCUCACAUUGAUCUGGGAGUCACCGUCGUGCGACCGGCCGAUGGCGUUUCCUACCGAGGUGUCUUGGCCAAACAAGACAUUCCAGAGGGAACCUUGUUGACAGCCUCGCGGGCAUUUGCCUUUUGUCAUCAUCAUGGCAAACUGACCACGGCCAAAAAGAAGCAUCUCUAUGAAGUCAGUCAAGUCCAUGAAGCCGUAUCUACAUGUACGUUACUCAACAAUCCAAGUCUGGUCCCGUCGUUCUAUCAACUCGAGGCGUUUGGUCAAGUGGCACUUGAACAACAACAAGAAAAACCGACGAUUGAUCUGGCGAGGAUUCGAUCCAUUCUCGAAUCCAAUCGAUUUGGAGUGGAUCUCAACAGUCCGGCGUCACCCUUUGAGCUCCGACCGCCAAGGGAGGAGGACGACGACAAUGAUUUUGGUGUGGGACUAUGGUUGCCAACCUCCAUGUUCAACCAUUCCUGUACACCCAAUUGCACAUGGGCACAGAUUGGAAAUUUCAUGUUUGUCCAUGCCGCCAAACCCAUCCAAAAGGGAGACGAACUCGCCAUUAGCUACGUCCAUGCCGCUCUGUCGUACCGCGAUCGAAAAGACAAAUUUCAGCGUUGGAGUGGAGGCAAGGGAUUCGACUGUGCCUGUCCAUGGUGUCAUUUGAUGCGGUCCAAUCCAGAACUAGAGGCCAUGAACGAAGAAGUCGUCCAAGCGCAAAAACGACUCAGUGCCGGAGAAGCGAUUCGGUCCAUCAACGAUCUCCUUUCCAAGUCGCGUCGGAAAAAGAUUGUAUCCGCUCACGCCAGUCUGCCGCCAGAGUUCCAACACACAAUCUACAACAUUCACAUGAUGGAAGCCUUGCAGUGUGCCAGCGAUAUGGACCGCAAGGGAGCACGAAAAGCCGUCGAGGCAGCGACAUCCUUGGGGUACGCCAUUCGUGGAGGGCUGCGGCAAGAAACGCGAGUGCAGGAUCUGUUGCUUGGUGGCAGUCCUCAUGACCUGCAACGAGGAUGA